AUGUCAGGACCAAGGCCUGUAGUUCUGAGCGGCCCCUCAGGAGCAGGGAAGAGCACUCUGAUGAAGAGGCUGAUCAAGGAUCAUGAAGGCGUCUUCGGUUUCAGCGUGUCACACACAACAAGGAACCCUCGGCCAGGAGAGGAAGAUGGCAAAGGGCUGAACAUGCUCCCCUUGCUUCUGGGGGCUACUUUACUGCCCGUAGCAGACGUCUUUUCCUCUGAGGACUUAGAAAUGACAAGCUCAUUUUCGUGUCCAAACGAAUCAAAAACACCACAUAAAGAUUAUCACUACACAACAAGAGAGGCCAUGCAGGAGGGAAUUGCAAAUGGAGACUUCAUAGAAAACGCUGAGUUUUCUGGAAACCUUUAUGGAACAAGUAAAGCAGCCAUAGAAGACGUGCAGGCCAAGAACCUUAUCUGCAUCUUAGAUGUAGACAUCCAGGGUGUGAGGAGGAUUAAAGAGACCGACCUGAACCCCAUCUACAUCUCCAUCCAGCCUCCCUCCAUGGAAAUCUUGGAGAAACGGCUGAGAGACAGGCAGACAGAGACAGAGGAGAGUCUACAGAAACGCCUGGAGGCCGCACGCAUCGAUAUGGAGCUCAGCAAGGAGCCAGGAGUGUUUGAUAUUGUAAUCAUCAAUGAUGAUUUAGAAAGAGCCUAUGAGGACCUGAAAGAUAUCCUCAAUGAAGAAAUCCAAAAAGUUCAGGAGGCCCAAUCUUAA